AUGGAGGGAGGCGGAAGCGGCGGCGGGGUUAGGCUUCACGUCGGAGGAUUGGGAGAGAGCGUCGGGAGAGACGAUCUUCUCAAGAUCUUCUCUCCCAUGGGUUCCGUGGAUGCUGUCGAAUUCGUCAGGACCAAAGGUCGCUCUUUUGCUUACAUCGACUUCUCUCCCUCAUCUGAGAAUUCACUCACUAAGCUCUUCUCCACGUAUAAUGGAUGUGUCUGGAAAGGAGGGAAGCUGCGGCUGGAGAAAGCCAAAGAGCAUUAUUUGGCUCGCUUGAAACGGGAAUGGGAAGCGUCUUCUUCUUCUCCCUCUGAUGUCACCAUUAAGGCUCCUGAUGACUCUACACCAACCACUCACCUUAACAUCUUCUUUCCCAGACUGAGAAAGGUGAAACCUAUGCCACUCAGUGGAACUGGCAAACAUAAGUAUAGUUUCCAGCGUGUUUUAGUGCCGUCUCUUCUUCCCAAGACUUUUUGUGAUUGUGAAGAGCACUCUACGUCUCUCACUCCUCGGGAAACCCAUGUCCGUGAUCUAGAAGCCCUUAAUGUGGGAGUGGGAAUUAACGACGAAGAAGUGAAUAUCAUGAACUCGGUGAUGAAUAAGCUCCUUGGGAAAGAUAAUAAGCAGCACUUUGAGAAAGAUAAGCAGCUCUCUGAGAAUGAUAGUGAGCUCUCUGAGGAUGAUAACGAGCUGCUUGAGGAUGAUAACGAGCUGCUUGAGGAUGAUAAUGAGCUCCUUGAGAAUGAUAACAUCAUCAUCAAUGUGGCAUCUAAUGGGAAGGAUAUGAUGGACUCAGAGCUGGAUAUCUUGUCAAGAAAACGGAAAUCAAUUCUCAAUGAAACACCAGCAAGUGGAGCAGGAUAUACCGAGGAACGAGAGGGGAACAACAUUCAUCCAAGCAAGAAAAGGCAAACAAUCAUCCCUGAGGGAAAUGGAAAACAAGAACCUUCACAGGCCAUACGUGAAAAGAAGAAACCUUCUGAAGUCGUUCCAGAUAAAUCAAUCAGAACAACAGGUGUCAAGCAGUCGAAUGACAAUAUUUCCUGGUCCCAAAAGUCUUCCUGGAAAGCGCUUGUGGCCGGUGGGAACAGCAGUAGUUUCAGCGUAUCGAGUUUCUUGCCAGGCUUUAGCUCCAGUGAAGCAGUACAACCUGCGUCAGGCAACACUGAUCUUGAAGGGUUGGAUGUGCCGACUGAGACAACUAAGAUCAAGAAGAUGAAAAGUAAGCGCCAAACUUCUACAAUCAUGGCAGGGAAUCUACCUGUUGCUGAUGAUAGUGAGAGGAAUGAUGCUACAGAUACUGACGCUGUCGAUUCAGACCACUCGGAAGAUAGUGAUACUGACGAAAGUGUGGAAGCUGAAGCCAUGGAACUUGUACCAGGCACCGAGGUCGAUAGUGAGAAUGAUAGUGAGAGGAAUGAUGCUACCGAGACUGACGCUGAAGAUUCAGACCACUCGGGAGAUACUGACACUGACAAAAGUGUCGAAGCUGAACCCAUGGAAUUUGUACCAAGCACCGAGGUCGAUAGUGAGGAUGAUAGUGAGAGGAAUGAAGCUACAGAGACUGACGCUGUAGAUUCAGACCACUCGGAAGAUACUGACACUGAAAAAAGUGUGGAAGCUGAAGCCAUGGAACUUGAACCAAGCACCGAGGUCGAUAGUGAGAAUGACAAUUUGAAUGUGGAAAAGGAUGAGGAUGUUGCUGAGGAUUUGGACGCAGAAGAGGAAGGCUCGGUCUUGAAGGAUGAUGUGGACGAAGAAAAGAAGGGAGAAAAGACGGGGAAAGGACCAUUGGAAGCUUGUAGCAAAUCAACAGGAGGUUCUUCAUGGCUUCAGAGAGGAUCAUGGACUCAGCUGGUUAGCGACAAGAGCGCUUCAUUCAGUAUAACUCAACUCUUCCCGGAUUUAGCUUCUGACAAGAAGGAAGUAGGUAAAGUGGACAACAAUGGAGAUGGCCAGUUAUCCAUCUCUAACCAGAGUGAGAGCGGAAUGAAGCAAAGGGAUUACGCAUGUAGUAGCACCAAUGGUUUUGAGGCUGCGGGAGUCCAUGUGGAUAGUACUCCUGUGAGAAGUUUAGCAGAGAAGCGGCAGGGUGUUAAGGGUAAGAAUGCGAGCGAAGGGUGUAGAUUGGUUCCCAAAAAGCCGUUUUUUAGUGGGAUUGGUUCAGGGGAGGCUUGCACUUUCAAGAGAAGCGAGACUUCUUUGAAAGAGUGGGCAAAGGCGAAGAGGGCAUUGAGUGAGCCCAGAAGAACGAAGAAAACUGAAGAAUGA